GCGGCCGUGGGGACCGCACGGGGCGUUACGGGGGUGCCCCACCCCUCUCCGAGGACGGCUCCCGCAGCCAGCGCGACCACGACUAUCGCGACAUGGACUAUCGCGGCUACGGGGGACCCCCGGAGGGGCCCCCCGCUGCCGGGACCCCCCCUCAGGCCUCCUACGAGAACUCGGAGCCCCCCCGCAAACGGGAGCAGCCCCGGGAGCCUCCCCGGGACCCCCCGGCGCUGCCGUUCGGCGCCGACGGCGAUUACCGGGACCAGGAUUACCGGGAGGGCGCCGAGGAGGAGCCGAGGGCCAGCACCAUCGUCAUGCUGCGCAUGCUGCCCCAGGCGGCCACCGAGAACGACGUGAGCCCCGCCCUCUUUGGCCACGCCUUCUUUUUUGGGAAGGCGCCACCCCUUUACCUGGCAGAGCCCCGCCCCCUUCAGCUAUCGCCCAUUCCCUUCUGGGAUGGCCACGCCUCCUUUUUGGGAAAGGCUCCACCCCUUUACCUGGGAUAG